AUGGAAAAAUUCUUACUUGUAGCCUCAGGUGGUUACCCUAAUGAUAUGGAUAGUUCUGAUGUAUUGAUUCAUUCUGGUCAAGGAGGAAAGCCUAUGGGUGGGGAGAAGCAUAAGCAAGCUGAAGAUCAAAAGCUUGAGCAUGGAAACCUUGCUCUAAAGAAUGGUAUGGAUGCAGGAAGUCCUGUGAGGGUUAUCCAUGGAUUUAAGGAAACAAAUAGUUCUGAUUCUGCGGAACUAAGGGUUGAGAAGAAUUCCAAGCCAGCCAGACUUUCUUUGAAAGAGGUGAAUAAGUCAAAAAAGUCCAAAGUUCGUGAGGGUCUCUGUGUGGUUGAUAUUUCUCAAGGGAAAGAGAAGAUGCCCAUUGGUGCUGUAAACACCAUUGAUGAUGAGAAACCUCCGCCAUUCACUUACAUAACCAAGAUGAUAUAUUCUGACUGGUACAAACCUAUUCCUCCUACAGGAUGUGAUUGCACUAAGGGGUGCUUGAACUCCCCAACAUGUUCCUGUGCCGCUGUCGAACUCAUUUCACCACUGACUUAG